GAGAGAGAGAGAGAGAGAGAGAGACAGGAAAUCGCGAAAACCCGUUUCGUUGCUGCACCCUCCCCUGUCGUAAAACGUCGCACCUCCGCUUCUCUUCCCCGGUUUGCACGCCCUAGAGUUUCUUCCCUUCUCGGAGGAGAAGACGUGAGAGAGAAGGAGAGAAAGAGAGGAAGAAGAGAAGGUCUUCGAUGGCGCUCUCGACUCUUCUAAGAUCUGCUUUUUCCGUGAUUGGUGGAUCGCGCGACUGCUUCCCCUCCGAUUCUUCCAGGGUACUUCGCAUCAGGAGCUCCAGCUCGGCUCAGAUCUCUUCAAGUUUUUUCGGUUCUUCCCUUACCUCCGUGGAUAUAUAUUCAUCACAUAAACAUGUUGCGAGGAGAAGCAUUCAGCCAGUCAAGGCCACAGCCACUGAAGCCCCUCCCGUCGUUAAAAGUUCUUCACGUGGUGGAAAGACAAAAAUCGGCAUCAAUGGAUUCGGACGUAUUGGAAGGCUUGUAAUGCGCAUAGCAACCACAAGAGAUGACAUUGAAGUCGUAGCUGUUAAUGAUCCAUUCAUUGAUGCUAAAUAUAUGGCGUACAUGCUUAAGUAUGAUUCAACACAUGGAGUCUUCAAAGGAACCAUCAAAGUUGUGGACGAGUCCAACUUAGAAAUCAAUGGUAAAAGGAUUGCAGUCACAUGCAAAAGAGAUCCAGCUGAGAUCCCAUGGGGUGAUUAUGGGGCCGAAUAUGUCGUUGAAUCUUCUGGUGUUUUUACGACAAUGGACAAGGCAUCAGCUCACUUGAAGGGUGGUGCAAAAAAGGUGGUAAUAUCUGCUCCAUCUGCUGAUGCUCCUAUGUUUGUAGUUGGUGUAAAUGAGAAGACAUACAAACCAUCUAUGAAUAUUGUUUCUAAUGCAAGCUGUACAACCAACUGUCUUGCACCUCUUGCCAAGGUUGUCCAUGAGGAGUUUGGAAUUGCUGAAGGACUUAUGACUACUGUCCAUGCGACAACAGCCACACAGAAGACUGUUGAUGGCCCUUCAACGAAAGAUUGGCGUGGAGGCCGAGGUGCCGGACAGAACAUCAUCCCCAGUUCGACUGGUGCAGCAAAGGCUGUUGGUAAAGUCCUUCCAGAACUAAAUGGGAAGCUCACUGGGAUGGCUUUCAGAGUUCCUACACCUAAUGUUUCUGUUGUAGACUUAACCUGCCGACUUGAGAAAAGUGCAUCAUAUGAUGAUGUAAAAGCAGCUAUUAGGUAUGCAUCAGAAGGCACACUGAAAGGUAUUCUUGGCUACACUGAUGACGAUGUCGUGUCCAACGAUUUUGUAGGUGACUCUAGGUCCAGCAUCUUUGAUGCCAAGGCUGGGAUAGGAUUAAGCGACGCUUUCAUGAAGCUAGUCUCGUGGUAUGACAAUGAGUGGGGCUACAGCAACCGUGUUCUUGACCUCAUCGAACACAUGGCCCUGGUGAGCGCCCAUCACUGAAACGUGCCAAGGAAUCGGGAACCUGCAGACGUGCGUCGCCAAAGCUGCGAUUUUGAUGUAGGUGGCCUCUUGUUGUUUUGUUUCUCGUAUAUUGGAAUAAGAUGUAGAACGUUGACAUCGCUACAAUUUAUUACGUGAGUUGACA